AUGAAGAAGAAGUAUGAGGGGACAUCAAAGGCGAAAAGGGCACAACUGCAAGCACUUCGAGGCGAUUUCGAAACUUUACACAUGAAGUAUGGAGAAUCGGUGACUGAUUACUUCUCCAGGACGAUGGAAAUCGCAAAUAAGAUGAGAAUCCAUGGUGACCAAAUGAUAGAUGUCACUAUCAUUGAGAAGAUUCCUCGUUCGAUGACAACAAAAUUCAACUAUAUUGUUUGUUCGAUUGAGGAAUCUAAAGACAUUGACAGUAUGUCCAUUGAUGAAUUGCAGAGUUCUUUGUCGGUUCAUGAGCAGAAAAUGAAUCGGCAAGACAAAAGGAGAAAGCGUUACAAGCCUCCGCAUCAAAAGGAGGAGGUCAUGGACGAGGAAGAGGUAGAGGCAGAGGUGGCAAUGAUGGUAGACACUCAAAUCAGAAAUCUGAAGAUUCUGAUUCUCAAGUACAAGUCAAAGUGCCGUACUAAUCUAAGGAGAGAUGGUGGAAAGCAGUCCAAUUUUGAUCAGAAGGAAGAAGAAGUGUCUUUGUUGAUGACUUGUCACAUGAAGAAGGAAACCCACAAGAAAUUCUCGUGGUACUUAGACACUGGUUGCAACAACCAUAUGAGUGGAGAGAAGUUUGUAUUCUUUGAAUUGGAUGAAGCUUUUCGUGAUGUUGUGAAGUUCGGUGAUGGCUCUACAGUCUCUGUUAUAGGAAAGGGAAAGAUUUGA